AUGACCGAACCCACUCCCGCAACCGCAAGCUCUUCCACAUUAGAAACCCCUCAAAAGUUCCAUCACUGUGUAAUCUGCGGUUUUACAGCCCGAUCAAAGUGUGCUGGGUGCCAACAAGUAUGGUAUUGCCUGGCCUUUGCACAACGCCUUUGCAAGAUCUACAAGAACCCCUCUUCACCUUCCACUGACACAUAUUGCGGUCUUUGCGGUAAGACAGAUAACUUGACUCGUACCGAGUGCUGCGAUCGAGCAAUCUGCAAUGAUGAUGGGGAUUAUCAAGCAUUUAGCUAUUCUAACAUCUCUUGCAAUCGCAAUCAUCGCCGUUAUACUUUGUGUGCAUUUCAUCAUAAUGAAGAGCAUGUGGGGAAAUAUUGGAAGAAGUGUGAGAAGUGUGUUGGAGGGGUCACAUUUAAUCAGGACACAAUGAUUACUCAAGGCACUAGUUCAUAUAAUUUUAAGGAAGAUGAAUGGAAAGAUGCACCAGAACUAAAGCCCACAAAGUGCGGGAAUUGCCAAAAGGUCGUCAGUACGGCUACAGAGAUGCACAGUGGAGGAGGUGAGCACCUUCGAUGUAUGCGUUGUAUUGGAACUUGA